UAUUGAUCGAGACUCCAGAGUUUUCUCGGAAAUGAAUCCACCGCAGUUAAAAAUACAGAUUGAUGGAGUUUCAAUAUCAAUAUAUAAAUAUAAGAUGCCGAAUGAGAAAUAAAAAGAACAUAAGUAUGAUUAUUGAUUUCUCAUUGAUUUCUCAUUUUCUCUUCCAUCAUUAGCAAACUAAAGAGUUAAAAAAGAGGUCCAAUUAGGGAUUGAAAUUGGACAAGAAAGGGGAAAACACACAGUUCAUUGAACAGCUCAAUUAUGGCGGACGAAGAUUUCCCACCUCCCGUGCGGUUGAUGAAUUUUGUCUCCGAAGAACAGUUGGCACAACUGAAGAACACUCGAGGUGCUCGGGUUGAAGACGGAACUGCUCAGAGAGAUCGCCCUCUUUUUGAGAUCUUGAAGGAGAACAAGGACAAAAAAGAUGCUGAAUUUAAUGAACGAUUUAAACACCGACCACCCAAAGCCUUGGAUGAGGACGAGACUGAGUUUCUAGAUAAGCUUGAAAUGUCAAGGAGAGAAUAUGAGAAGCAAGUCGCUGACGAAGAAGCUGAGCAGCUGCGAAGUUUUCAAGCUGCUGUUGCUGCAAAGUCUACCAUUGUAAAGGAAAUCAAGGAGAUGCCUCCAAUUCCUAAAGUCCAGGAGCAGACAUUAAUUAAGAGGAAGAAUCCACCGGCUAAUCCAUUGGGAAUGAUUGUCAAAGUCAAGCCACAAGCAAAGAAAGCUAAGAUGGAUCUGGUAACUGCAGACUCUUCUUUGACAACUACCAAAACAUCCAAUGAUGAUAAAAGACAGCCUUCAUCAGACGUCGAUGAUGUAUCCAAAUCUGAAACAGAAGAAUCUCAAAGAUUUGCGAAAAAAUCUACUGCCAACGGUGACAACCAUGAACCUGUUACAAUAAGUAGUUUGGUUUCCUAUAGUGAUGAAAGUGAUGAUGAUUGACCAUGGCAUGUUAAUAUAUUCUAUAUAUAUCAAUGAGAAUUUUGUGUUGGUUUAA